AUGGAGCGAAGGGGCGGUUGCUGCAUCGACGUGUACGGCAGAGGAGACGCCGCGGCGGCGUGGAGGAUGGGGCGGAUCAUGCUCAGGUUCCGCCCGAUCGCCCCCAAGCCGGUCGUUGAUUCGUCUUGGGCCGCCUCGGCCGCCACCGCGGCGGCGUCCUCCGUCGGAAGGAAGACGACGAGGCGGAAGGGCUCUGGCGGUUACCGAGGGAGGAAGGCGAGGAAGGUGGAGACGUUGCGAUCCUCGUCGUCGAAGGAUGAUCCAGCCUUGUCUUCGCCAGCGGCGAGGACCUCGCCGUCGACGAUCGUGACGCUGCCGCUGAUGCCAGAGAUACCGGAGAGAAAGGACGACAGGGCGGCGGAACGGCGGUGUCUUGGAUCUGGACAACCGCUCGCCACCGCAUCGACGCCGGCGUGGAUGGACCGAGUGCGGGCGGACGAGACGGCGGGGUUCGCUUGGCCGGCGACGGCAGUGGGGUCUUACUCUUGGGUGACGGUGGAGUGCGUGGUGGACAUGUGGAAGGAGGAGGAGGUCUCGUGGCGGAGCGACGAGGCGGUGUGGGCAGCGCUGACAGCGGACGACUGCCCUGGGUUCGUGUCCGACGUGUGGGACAGAGUCACUUGGACGAACGAGGCAUACCGGAGGAUGGUGGCCGGCAUGCCUCUGGAAGGCCGGGGGACAGAGGAAGACGUGUGGGUCGGGCUGAUGACUAAGGGUGCGGUGCCGGCGGAGGCGUCCCGGGCGUUCACUUGCAGGGUAAGGGUGCACUACUCGAGGCGCCCGGGGAGGGGGAAGGGGGCCAGCUGUUCGUCAUCGCCGGCGGCGCCAUGCGACGUCUGGAGGCUGGCCGACGGCGGGAGCGCUUGGAGGCUGGACUUGAAGGCGGCGUUAAGCCUCAGCCUCUAG